AUCGCAUGAGAUCCAAAGAGGCGACAACAACCUUUAGCAGCUUUGAAGCUAGCCGGCUAGCGUCCGAGAUGGAGCGCCCGGACCUCCGCUACGGAGGCUCCCCUUUCGCCGGGGCUUGUUUUUACGGCUUGUAAAUGGGAGGACACGACACACACGGAUGCAUGGAGACACACCAGCUUUUCGGACCUAUUUGAGGACAAGAGUCUCCCCACAUUCUCCGGAGUCGGACGCUGACUUGUCAGUGAACCAACCCGAGUGAAGAAGAUGGAGACCGGGCUCAGGCCUCACCAGGGCGAGAUCUUCGUCCACCCGCUCUCCAACCCUGGAGCUGCGGGGAUCUGUCCCGAGAUGCUGGAGGUGGCGGAGGAGGCCACCCGGGCCGGGGACUUCGCCUUUGCUGCAGAGAUCUACAGCUCACAGCUUGCUGACCUGCAGCAGCCGGACAGAGGCUUGUGUCUGAGGAAGGCCGACUCUCUGGCCCGGGCUGGACGCAUAUCUGAGGCGCUGGACUCUUACUGCACGGCGGCCAGUCUUUGUAAACUACGGCCGGAGGAGCUUCCACUCCUGGUGGAAACCAUCGCCCGGACUGUGCGCGAGAAGGAGCUGGGCCUCACUGGGACCAUAAACGGCCACUGUAUAAGCAGCAGCAGUAGUGGGGAAGAUGGGUUUGAAAGUAGUGGCGAAUGUGAAGAAGACGAAGCCCUGGACUUGUUCUCCUGUCGCCUCUGCAAGUGUCUCCUCCACGAGCCCACCACCGUGGAGUGUGGACACACUUUCUGCAAGCACUGCUUGGACGAUGAGGCCGUUGCAGACUGCGUCCAGUGCCGGAAGAAGCUGCCGAGCGCGCGUCGGGUCAACGUGGUUCUCAGCGGGCUGUUGGACAAACUGUUUGCAACCGAGAGCAAAGCUCGUGCCCUGUGGCUGGAAGGAGAGGUGCUGUGGAAAAAACAGAGCCUCUCUGAUGCUCUGGAGAAGUACAAUGCUGCUGUGGAUCUGGCGCCCUCCUCAGGUCGACUGCUGUGUCAGCGCGCCGAGCUGCACAUGGAGAUGAGGAGCUUCAGUCAGGCGGUGCAGGACGCCGGAAGCCUCUGCACAACUAAACCACUCUGGACUAAAGCUCAUUAUCUCAAAGCCACAGCGCUGAGUAAAGCAGGUCGCCAUGACGAAGCCUUACAGGAGUACAUCCUGUGUGUGGCGCUAAAGCCCAACUGGACCAAAGUCAAACUGGAAGCUCAGAAGGUCCUCAGCGAGCUCUUCUCGUCCGUGUUCGAGAGCGAGGAGCUGCCAACGCCGAUGCAUCCUCUGCAGGGAGGUUUGGCCACGCGCCUCAUCAAACCAGCGGCUCUGCUCAUGUCCCUGAGGCCGCUCACGCAGAAACCAGGCUCCCCUUCCUUGUGCUCCUCCUCCUCACAGGACUCAGAGUUCAGUGUGACAAAAAACGCCCCCGUGGACAGCCCGUCCUCCAGAUUCCCGACCAGCAAAUCAGACCCGGCUGCAGACGAGGGCUCCACCAAGAGCCUCGCCAACGUUCUGGCAGCACUCCCGGCGCCCCCAAGUGGCCUUAAGAGGAAACUCGGCAGUGACGGACCCUCUGCAACCUUCAACCCGCCAUCCAAACUCCACAGACCUGACGAGGGGAGUGGCGCUCAAAGUGUCCCUGUGAGAGGAGGAAGGACGUUUCCUGCAGAGCUGCUGGACAGUGGAGACAUGGAGUGUUCACUCUGCAUGAGGUUAUUCUACGAGCCCGUGGCCACUCCGUGUGGACACACUUUCUGCCUCAAAUGUCUCGAGCGAUGCCUGGACCACAACCACAACUGUCCUCUGUGCAAGGAGAAUCUGUCUGAGUAUCUGGCCACCAGGGGCUACAACAAAACCCUGCUGAUGGAGGAAGUGCUGCAGCGUUACCUAGGAGACGAGCUGGCAGAGAGGAAGAAGAUCCACGAAGAGGAGAUGAAGGAGUUGUCCAAUUUGAACCAGGAAGUGCCGAUCUUUGUGUGCACCAUGGCCUUCCCCACCAUCCCCUGUCCUCUGCACGUGUUUGAGCCUCGCUAUCGUCUCAUGAUCAGACGAUCCAUGGAGACGGGGACUAAACAGUUUGGCAUGUGCAUUUCUGAUGAACUCAAGGGAUUCGCUGACUACGGCUGUAUGCUGCAGGUGCGAGACGUGAAGUUCUUUCCAGACGGUCGCUCUGUGGUCGACACCAUCGGCGUGUCUCGCUUCAAGGUCGUCAGUCACGGACAGAGAGACGGAUACAACACGGCCAAGAUCGAGUACCUGGAAGACAAAAAGGUGGAGGGCGAGGAGCUGACGGAGCUGCUGAAGCUGCACGACGCUGUGUACGAUCAGGCCAACAACUGGUUCACGUCGCUGAAGGACAACAUGAAGAGUCAGAUACACAGCCACUUCGGUCACCUGCCCGGCAGAGACCCCGACCCACAGUCCAGUCCCAGCGGUCCGGCGUGGGCCUGGUGGCUGCUCGCCGUCCUCCCGCUGGAGAACCGAGCGCAGCUCACCAUCCUGUCCAUGACGUCGCUCAAAGGCCGGCUCCUCGCCAUCCGCAGAGUCCUCAUCUUUGUCACGAGGAAGAGGACGCGGUGAUUGAUGCAGCAGACCAAGCGGGGAACUCUCGGUCUUCUAUGCAGUUCAACAACUCACUCACUCACUCACUCACUCAUUCAUUCAUUCAUAGGUCAUUGACGCGUGUGACUGGCUGAACUGAACUACCACAUGUUUUUUAUUUAAACCAGUGACCUCUCACCCUGUGUUUUCUCAGUCCGCUUGAGUCCCGUCGCUUCCAUUUCGGUCUCGUCUGGAUGAUGUUUUUUCCUCCACUCAACUCUGAAUGAUCAAAAACCACAUCAUGACUCAGCACAUGGAGCCAACCUGUAGCUGCUGUGAAUGUGUGUGUGUGUGUGUGAAUGAGUGAAUGAGGCGGACGUUACGGAGGUUUACGUGUGCAGUUCAUUCACCGCGUUACAGAUACAAACACAGUUUGAACCGGAGGACGAGUCUGAGCUUCACUGGAUGCGUCUUUGUCGCAGGAAACAUGACUUUCUCUUCAGAGCAUGCACUGAUCGAGCUUUACGGUAAAAAUAGAGAGUAAAAUUUCCCUUGAGCGACACUUUUGUCUACUCAAUAUCUGUAUUUGGCACAAAUGUUAACACUUAACAAGGCAAUCACUGGCAGACUUCACCCCAUUCACGCAACAGGCCUCUGUUGCCCUCUGUUGGUCAUAUCGGCAAGUGCGGAAACACAAACAAACAGAACGAGCCACUAAAAACAAUACUUGACAUGCCUAACAAGGCUUUUAUUGUGAAAUAUAUAGUAUAUAUAGUCCUGGCUCUGAAUGUUUAAAGAUGUAUGAACUCUCACGAUACGUUGAUGGUGUUGAAAUGUCGUUAUCAGGAUAAUCGCGAACGAAGAAACUUAACAACACACAAAUAAAGUUGUGUUAUUUUUACGCUACGUUGGUUUUUGGUCACGUGAAUAAUGUUUUUCAUCAGUUUCCAGAGGAUUUCAGAGUCAGAGUCGGCAGGAAAUGCCAACAGAUCAUUGUGCGUCAUUAUGUGCGAGGCUUAGCUUUUGCCAAAGUGGUGUUCCGGUGCGUCCAGUGAGGCUCAGAACCAAGUUCAGAAAAGCAGAAAUCACCUGUUGUUACAUAAACAAAGCAGUAUUUUUUUUUACUUGAGCUGUGACAAAAUAAAAGGAAACAAAUCGUGCUGUUCGAACGAGCUCGCACAAAAAACACAAACUUCACCACUGAAAUAUGAAGCAAACACUCCUGAACACACAUGUGAAUGUACUUUUAUUCUCUCGCUCUCUUCACUACAUGGACAGAGUCGUGCUGAACAGCGUCUGCGUCACUUGAAAUCUUCCUGCCUGAGCCAAAAUUCACCUUCUUACACAAAAACAAACAAACCCUGGCGGCCGCCUCAGCCGGCAGCAGCGUGUACCUCAUCGUCUGAUGGAUAAGUGGCGAGACUCCAGACUCAUGUCCCCCGCCGUCCCCCGUCCUUCACCCUCCCUGUGAACAAACUGUCCACAACACUCUGCUCCACUUGUCCUGACAGACGUUUUUUUUUUUUUACGACGCACGGCUGAGGACGACGUAGAAGAAGCUUUGUCCUCUCAGAUUCACCGGGUCUGGAUUCUUUUAUUUUGUCCUGUUGUAGCAGAACUCUGGACUUCAACUACAGACUUGGUUUUAGUUUUGUUUUCCUUUUUUUUUUUUUUAAUUUUUUGUUUAUAUUCUCUUUACUAUGAACCUGAAGUAUAAAUGUGUGGUGAACUUUUGAAGUUGGGUGAUUUCUAUGUAUAUCAAUGUUACUCUGAGGCCUUUUUAAUGUUUUAUUUAAGGACAACUGUCUCUCUCUCUCUUUCUUUCUCUCUCUCUCUGUCCCUUGAAUUUCUUCUCUCCCAGUGCAUUUGAACGCAUCACAUCGCAGUUACCGCACUUAGAAGUAGACGUCAAAGUGUUUCUCAUCAAGACACAGAAGGAAUCCUCGACUCUGUGUGUAAAAAAUGGACCUAGUAAAGUCCGCGAAGUAGCAUUUUACCACCAGGGGGCGACUGUAAGAAUUUGAAUGCAAGUUAAUGGGAAAAUAAGCUUAAGUUUCAACUUCCUCAAGAGAAAAGUGAUGUCCGUUUUGGAAAAUAUGUUUACAUUUUUAAGGAAAAUGGACGUCACAUAUGAGAGGACCCACUUUUCAAUAACAAUCCUGCAAAUUUACGUUUGUAAAAAAACCAUUUAUUUUGAAUCGGUAAAUUAUUUUUAUAAAAACGUCAUUUUAGGCAUGUUAUUUAAAAACAUCUACACUUUGUUUGGGGACCACAAAAAAAAAUUUCCCUCGACCCAUCUGAGGAUCCCUUAGUCACGGUUUGGGAACCCCUGCACUAUGUACUACCUCCAUUUUAAUUCACCCUCUCGUUAUCGUUUGCUCUCUAGUUUUCUAACUCAAUGUUGUCACUGCGAUAAAAACAUGAUCGCGAACAUGUUUUGUCUUUAAAAUGCGACUUUUUAAUUUUAUAACCAUGUUUAGAGCAACUUUCUUUUCUGUUUUUCCCCUGUACGUUUGAGUUUUUUUUUUAACCAAUACACGAUAUUGAUUACAAUUUUUUUUGUUUGUCAAAAUUAAAGUGGCAAUUUCUCAAACGGCUCAAGUGUAGCGAACUGCAAAUGCUGCGAUUUUAGGAAAUUCCUCAUGUAGCAGAUUUGACUCGGGGUUUACGAUUUAACUGUCAUCUGUUAUAAAUGUUGGUCUUUGUCUCUGCGUUUUCAAGCAGUGGUUCUGAAAGACUGGGUCGGGACCCAGAUAUGGGUUGCAGGAAAAUUUUUUGGGUCCCUAAGGAGAUGAAAAUGUAGUUAAAUAACUAAACUUUCAGUUACUAAUUCGGAAUGAUAUGACGAUAAAUCCGUUGCUACAUUACGUACAAAUGUUCAGUUGUUGCGUUGUUUGUCGCGAUAGUUUGCCAUCUUUUAAAAAGCGAGUCUUCGCAUAGAAAGUUUCGGAAACACUCGUAUAUCGUGUUUUACUUUAAGCUUUAUACGCAGGGAUUUUUACUCUGAAUCCUGACUUUAAAACUAUAUUUUGAGUUAAAUUUAAAAUAUCUGAUGGAAAAAUCGCAAUCACCUCGUUGCCUCAAGUUUUUCGUGAGUUAGUAAAUUGUGUAAAUAUGGUUGUUAACACUUUUAUAAGUCGGUAAAUACUCAAGAAACUCUUUGACAGGUUUUUAUUGAAAAAAAAAAGAAAAUAUUCAUUAGAUUCAUUGUCUCACUAUUUGGCAAGACCAUGUUUCUGCUUGCAACCCUCAAUUUAUUUUCUUACAGAUUUUCUCUGACUGUAACAAAUGACUUAUGAGCUCAUUGUUAUGAGUAAAACAUUGAUAGAUUUUUGAUCAGUUACGACACCAUUUUGAUGUUUAUUACAUGUUAAUAACCUAAUUGUAAACAUGCAUAGUCGUUUAUAAAGGUUUUCUUUCCGUAAAGUCGUACCCAGCUCUGUUUUGAAACCACUAAACAUUUAGCUGCUGUUGUAAACAUCGCAGGUUUCGGGCGAUUCCGAACAUCGGCCUCCGUGCGCGAGGAUCCUGUUUGUGCUGAUGGGAAACUUUAUCGUAAUCGUCAACGAGUCAAAGUCGUAGUUUGUAGAACAGCUGUGGGAUUUAUUAGCGCGCGUGUGUGUGUGCGUUAAAAUGUAACUGGGUCUCCUGUAAAAUUCUGUUCCUUCCAGAUGUUUGUGAGUCCACUGCAGUCGCUGGCUCUGUACAGCAGGGGGAGCUGUGUUGACAAUGUGCUGCAUUUCCCUUGGUUUAGUUGUCGAGGGGAGAUAUUGAUACCUAUUUUUUAUGGAAAAUAAAGAAAGUCACAUAUUAA